CCCCCCUACCCCCCUACCUCGCACGCGGCUCGCCCGGCACCACCACAACCCUCGUGGGGGGCCUCGGAGGAGCCGGGCUCGAGCCCCCCACGGCCUUGGGGGGGUCCCGUCAUGGGACUCCGGCGCGUGGCGCUGCUGCUGCUGCUGCUCCUCCUCCUACUCCUCGCGCCGGGACUACUCGUGCUGGGGGGCAGGGCUCCCCGCUACGCCCUCAACCCCCUGGGCAAGAGGUGGGAGCGAGACAACCUCACCUACAGGAUCGACCGUUUCCCGUCGUCGCUGAGCCGCGAGGAGACGCGUGUCGCCAUCGCGCGCGCCUUCUCCAUGUGGAGCCGCGUGUCGCCCCUCUCCUUCCACGAGGUGCCCGCCACCAGCCCCGCCGACUUCCGUAUAGGGUUCUACAGGCGCGUGCACGAGGGGUGCGCGCGCGCCCCGGCGCUGCUCCACCCGUGCUUCGACGGGCGCGACGGGGAGCUGGCGCACGCCUUCCUGCCCCCGCGCGGGGACGUCCACCUGGACGACGACGAGAGCUGGGUGCUGGGCACCACACGCUUCAGCUGGAGCCGCGGCGUGUGGAUGAACGACUUGGUGCAGGUGGCGGCGCACGAGGUUGGCCACGCGCUGGGCCUGAUGCACUCGCGGCGCGCCCACGCGCUCAUGCACGCCAACGCCACCGCCACGCGCACGCGCAGUCUGGCGCGAGACGACGUGUGGGGCAUCCAGAGGCUCUAUGGCUGCCGGGACAAGUCCGGGACGUGCGAUCGCUGGGUGCGACGCGGCCUCUGCUCCUCGCGCCCGCGCCUCUCCAUGAGCCGCUGCGCCAGCUCCUGUGACCUCUGCUUCGGGCAUGCGCCCCCCUCCGCGACCCCCCGGCCCCGCACGCCCCCCAAGGCCAAGGUGGUGACGCGGGGUCGCAUCGUGACCUUUCACUGCGGCAGGCGGAGCUCCCUGCCCGGGGUCACCGUGAGUUGGUACAAGGACGGCGAGUGGCUGGAGGCCUCGGUGCCGGGGCGGCUGACGAUGUCGGGUCGCGAGCUGCGCCUCGUCGCCAACGAGGUGAACGAGGGGGAGUACACGUGCACGCUGGCGCGCGGGGCCAGCGAGAUGCGCGCCAACGCCUGGCGCAUCGUCCUCAAGGACCCCCACGGGGAAGAAACAGGCGGCGGCGGCGGGGAGACCCCCACCGCUCAAGUCCCGAGGCUAGGGCCCUCGGGGGGCCGAACGCCGUGACGCACGGGGCCCGAGGUCAGGGGGAGCCACUCAGCUCGGGGCCGGAGCGGAAGGGGGGCCGACGGCGACUCACGGAGGCUGCGGUCGCGUCGGAGGCCACGGUCACAGCGGCGCGUUUGCUCAACUUCGCUCAACUUUGGGCCACGGAGACAGCCUCGGUCUGAAACGUCGACGACGACGACGACGAGGAGGAGGAGAUUCAGCUUCAGCUGCGUCGCGUGCUGCCCCAUCGCGGUUGGCACAGCCCCGUGUAUAUUACAAAUAUAGAUAUUUUUUAUUGUGGUUAAGCACACAAGUCCAGUACAACGAGCCGAUGAUUUCUGGGGGUGGGGACAGAAAAACCGAGGUGGGGGGGGCGGGGGGUGGUGGGGGGGUGCAGGGGGGGGUUUUUGGCGCUUGGCCGUGUUAUGGUGGGGAGAGAGGCUGAUUGUUGCCCACUUCCGUAGGUGGAGGGAGCUUUAGUAUAUAUACGGGGGGGGGGAGGGGGGCCAGAUACGGCCAAACCUGGCGUGCGUGGUGGCCACCAAACCCCUCUCCACCCACCCACCCCGCGUCACCCCCACUUCCCAAUACGUAAUGCAAACAAGAAUAAUAAUCGAUUUAAAGCUUUCGUGACUGCAGGGAUUCAUCUUCUUGGUUCUUUCGGUAAAGUCACGUAGAAGGGAAAUAAUAAAAUAAUAAUAAUAAAAAAUUUCCCUUCUACGUGACUUUACCGAAAGAACCAACAAGAAUAAUAAUAAUAAUGUACAUUUCAUAUCGCAGCCUCCACGCAAAGCGCACCUCCACAACGCCGCUGCAGAGAUGCCGCUGCAGAGACGCCGGGGACGCGCGUGGCUCCGAGCACCACCGGGGGAGGGGGAGGGGGACACCACAGAGGAGUGGGAGGCAGCCGGAACCGGGCCAAUGAUUUCCCAAGCUCUGUGGUGCUACGCGUGAGGGAUGUUUGGCGAAUAAACAUCAACAACAACAACAACAGCAACCACGUGGGUGGUGCAAGUCGCACAUGUCUGAGCGGAGCUGCUGAUUGAACAAAGAAUCGCGCUGCCUUUAAUCGGUUUUACCACGACGCAAUGUGAUCCGUAAUCAGGGUUUUUCUUUUCUCUUGGGGUCACAUCGCGCGAAUAUAAAUGCGUCGUUAAGACCCCUGCCACACGACACAUUCAUAUUUGCGCGAUCUAACCCCCAAAAAACACAACCCCAUUAACACAUUCCUGCGGAGGGAGCUGGUAGGAACGUCGGGUUGCUCGGUCGAUGGCCAGGGUCAACGGCGGCGUGGUGUAUUCCGCAAAUAUGCCCGACUGUGAGAGCGGGCACAAGCCGGCGUGAGUAGGUUAAACAUUGAGUUUUAUAAGGGCACCACGGGGUGAUCAGCCCCUCCCCACCCAGCCCCUCCCCACCCAGCCCCUCCCCACCCAGCCCCUCCCCACCCAGCCCCUCCCUCCCCACCCAGCCCCUCCCUGCACGACGGACACAAUAAUCCCCUGUGGGCUGGUGUAACCAUCAUUAUGCCUCAAAUCGGUCGGUUACAUGGCAAUGAACAUGGCAGUUCGGAGUACAAUGGAUCGCACGCGCAUCCCACC